AUCUAGUUUAAGCUGCAGAAAACUGGCAAAAUGGCGGCUGUGAAAUGGAUGGAGGACGAAAGCGAACAAUAAUCUACUGUAACAACUAACUUGCUUAUUUCUACGUUCUCGACAUUGGAGAGCUUAACCCUAUUCAAAAUGUGGAUCCUUGUGACCAGUCAAGGCACCCGCAUUUCCCAGAAUAUGAGUAUUAUGUAAUCAGAUAAUUGUCGGCAACAAACUCCCACAGGGGCAUCUGCAUCUCCGAUACUACUGCUAUCUGCCAUUACUUGUGUCUUUUGACCUGCAUCAAGAUGCGUCUUCAGAAAGAUAAGCACACAAUGAUGAUGCGCAAAUGCACUUCCUGGACAACACAACAAGUAACACAAGGGCGAAGUAACACAAGGUGGGUUUCAGGAAAGCAUUGGGAGAUGCAGAUGAAUUUUUGGUGCAGGCUGAAUAACCUGCAGAAAUGGCUGAUUUGAAACAGUAUGUGAAAGAGGAGACUAAUAUGGACUCAAAGGCUGACAGGCCGGACAUCACUCAGGAAUCAUUAAAGAAUCAGACGUGCUCUCCGAAGAACAAUACUUCAAGUCUGCCGGCGCAGCUGUCCUCGGACAGCCGCGAGGAAGCCGCGAGCGGAGCCCAGCCGACUCCAUUUGUACACACCGGCAUCCCCGCGGUUCCCCGCGCAGGCGACGCAUUGCCUACAGGAGCACUUGUUAAUGGACCUGCUUCACACCCCACCUCAGAUGAGCCCAGCGCCCCGAACAAAGGCGGCGUUUCGCCGCGCAAGGCCCCGCCCGCCGAGAGCGCCGGGAGGCUCUCCAGCCCCCGGGCGCCGGACCCGCCCGGCGCGCUCCGGCCAGACGCUCUGAAAAACGCGGCGGGGCCCUUCCCGGAUACGCCGCCGGGGCGGCCCGGCGCCAACGGCAACGGAUCCGAAGCGCUUAGGGGUGGACCGCCGUCCGGGAAGAGCGGGAACGAAGCGCCAACCGGCCAGACGGGGGCGGGGUGCGUGACUAGCGGCCGGACGAUGUGGGACUUCCAAACGGAGUCUUCGGAGAACUCCUCGGAUGAUUGUGGUCCGGGCUGGGGCCCCCGGAAGAGAUUCGCGCGGCGCCUGUGGAUUGACUGCCGCAGGGAGGGAGAUGAGGAGGAGGAGGGUUCUGCGAAAAAGGCCGAAACCGUGCCUCCGUCCGUCAGCCAAAGGUGGAGGAAACGCAAGGUGGACACGGCAGAAGUGCCGGGCCUGAGUCCCGCCUCCAAAACCUUGCAGUCCAAUGAGUGCCCCUCAUCCAAUAACGGAGUGCUUUCCUUCAGGAGAAAGCCUGGCUUGCAGUCCUCCAUGGAUUCGAGCGAAACUGUAGUGGCCAUCAAGCAGCUCAUCGCACGCGCCCCAGCAAAAAAGAACUUCGACGGCAACGGCUUCAGCCAGGCGGACGGCUUCUCCUUGGCGGGCGGAAAAUUUAUGCAGCCGAAAACCGAGUCGUCGACAGGCUCGGGCUCAGAAGAAGAGCCCUCCUUUUUCCCGUGCACAAAGUGCAACGUUAAUUUUGAGGAGAAAAGGCAUUUGCAUAGGCACAUGACGUAUCAUUUAGACGGGCAUAAUCAGGCUCGCCACGUAAACGCUCCGCAGCCCUUCAUCUGCAAGGAGUGCGGGCGCUCGUUCCGCGACCGCGGCUCCCUCCUGAAGCACAUGACCAUCCACCAGGAGAGACGCGAGAAGCUCAUGGAGGAGAUCAAGGGGCUGAGCGAGCUUCAGGACGAAGGCCGGGCCGCGGGGCUGCAGUGCCCCCAGUGCGUUUUCGGAACCAGCUGCCCCAAGACGUUCGUCCAGCACGCCAAGACGCACGAGAAGGACAAAAGGCGCCACGUGGCCGCAACCGAGCGCGAGCCGGAGACUCACCCGCGCGCCGCCCACCGCGUCGCGUGCGCGCCCGGGUGCGCGCCGGGGAGGGGGACGCUCCCGUUCGAGAAGAACGAGGCGCGCGUUCCCAUCUUCUUCUCCUGCAGAGUGUGCCCUUUCAGCGCUCAAAGCGAAAGCACUCUGGUGAAGCACGUCGAGCUCGCACACCGGCAGCUGUACGCAAGCGAUUUUGAAAGGCCGUCCUAUGAUGAAACGAAUGACUACACGUUUCAGCCACAGUUUCCUAGAGAAUCCCAAAAAGCAGAUUCACAAAGGCUGCAGCUGAGUCCAAAGUUUUGUAUACAAAGACAGGCUUUCAGGAAAAGAGCAGAAUUGCCCUUUUGGUCUGACCUGUUCAUAAAAAGUAAAUCCACAUAUUCUGGAUCUUGCAAUAUAGUUGCACUUUUUAUAAUGUGUUUUAAAAUUUUUCCUCAGUCUGCGUUUAAAGCGCAAAUGUUUUCUUUCUCCCAUUGCUAUUUUCUUCCAGAGAAAAGUGAAAUAACCAAGAAAGUGUGCCUGCACUGUAACGCGACCUUCCCGAGCGCAGUCAGCCUGUCCAAUCACCUGCGAGCGUACGCACGGCGGAAGAGGGCGGCCUUGCUGGAAGGAACGAGUUAUGACUGUAAACAGAAGAAGCCGAGAUCGAGGCCCGGGCCUAAGAAAAAGAUAUUUGCACUGCCGCACUCGGCCGACGAGAUCUACAGGCUCACCUGCAGGUUCUGCGACCUAGUCUUCCAGGGUCCCCUGUCCGUGCAGGAGGACUGGAUCAAGCACUUACAGCGGCACAUCAUGAACGCCAGUGUCCCGUGCACGGGGGCGGGCAUGGUGGAGGUGACCGCCCUGCCUGCGGAACCCCCCUCCACGCCCGAGGAGACAGCGCCCCCGCUGGUGCCACAGGCAGCAUCCUAAGCCAAGGAACGCACUUUAGUUCAUUGACUCACUAUUUCACUUUAAGUCAACUGUACAUAUGUAAACAUAAAUGCAUAUAAAUAUAUAGAGAGAUCAUUUUCUUAUUGUGUAUACAUGGCUCCCCUUCCCCAUUUUUUAUAUCGCUGCCCUCUAAAAAGUGCAAACUGUGUGAUUGACUGUAGUUAAAACUCAUUGAUGGUGCAUCAAAGACAAUGACACAUACACCAGAUGGUCUACAUAUCUGUGUGUAGCAUUUGAAAUGCAGUGUUGCAAUAUAUAGGAUAUAUAGUAAGAUAUAUUAUAUAUAUCUUACUGGGGUCCAUUUUAUGAUUCCGAUAUAGGUAAUUUUAUUUGUUUCCGUUGCCAAUGCCAACCCACUACCACAAAAUGCAACCCUCAUACCUCAGAAUGUGUCAGAUACUUUGUCCAUUAGGUCAAGAGUGGUGUAUGGCAGCUACGCUAAUUAGAUUCCAUCCAUAGAGUCUACAGUUGUACAGUUCAACAGUGAACGUCCUGGCUAACUUAUUUAUUGUCAGGCAAUGUACACUUUUGCCUGGUAGGCUUUUUAAUUAUGCUUAUCAAGAUUAAGCUCACAAACUCACUUUUUAUCAUUAAUUAAUUACACAGAAAUAUUCAUCUUUGUAACCAGAAUCACCAUGCCGAUAAGCAUCAAUUUCAUUUUCUAUACAAAUUACUUGAAUAAAAGUGCAGUGAACAUUUGCCAAUGGAACAGCCAUUUCUAACUCUUACCAGUAGCCUCUCAAUAUCACGCAAUAUAAAGUUUAUGACUUACAUGUAUUUCUGUAGUAUUUAUUACUUAUUGAAGCUCAUAAAUAUGUAGUAUUUAUGUUUAAUUCUGUAACUACUGCAGUAACUGACUCAUAAUGAAAAACGUAUAGAACCAGAUUUAACAUUCAGCAAGGUGUUUUAAUUGCUCAUUUUAGUGUAAACCAUAUGGAUAUGGUGCUGAAAACUUAUAUAUGGUAUGACUCGUAAAUGUCUGAAAGGGCUCCAAGGGAGGUGCUUUGAAAUUGAUUUGUUGGAUCUACCAAUCUUGCAUAAGUCAGAUUUUGUAACGGGCAUCUUUUUUGUAUGUCCAUGGUAUAUCUUAACCCUUUCUUAUGGGGUUCAUUUGCAAAAAUAUACCUUUUCCAGGACACUCAGUAUAUAUAUUUCUCCACUCGCAAAAGCUAUGUUUGUUAAAACUAUAUAAUUGUAAAAUGAAUACUUCAACCAAAACUCCCUUGGUGUCCUGGAAGGAUCUGUUUUACUAAUCCUGGUUAAAAUGUAUGUUUCUUUGCACAAAAUGCCACAAAAUCUAGGCAGGCAUCUAUAUUUGAGUUUUCGAUGUAUUGUAUACAAGAUAUAAUUUCAGAUUCUUGCUGUAGAUAUAGCAACUUAUGGUAAAAUAAAAUAAGGAAUAUACUCUUCUUUUUAUUUGACUGCAUAUGUUUUUAUCUAUUUGCAAGAAAGGCAGCUUGGUUCAUCCCUCAUGGUGAAAUUAUCCAGACAACAUGAAAUAUUGGAAGAAUAAACCUUUGCGAGAAUCCA